CGUAGAUAUACUGAGGCACUCCAGAAUCAUUCACAGGACAGAGCAUCGCCAUGUCGCCCUCUCGAGGAGUUCUGAACACUAUCACAUCUGCACGUAGGUGCUUCAACAGCUCACGGCAGCUGCUGUCAGACGAGAAGGUGACCGCUCAUAUCUCCACAUCUCUAUCCCCCUUCACGAACCUCGCAUACGAGGACCACCUCUUCCGUACUUCCUCUCCAGACGCCCACACCCUCCUCCUCUACCGCAACCGCUCCGCAGUAAUCAUCGGCCGCAACCAAAAUCCAUGGAAAGAAGCCAACCUCUCCCUCCUCCACGCCCGCAACAUUGCGCUCGUACGUCGACGGAGUGGAGGAGGCGCAGUAUACCACGAAGAAGGAAACACGUGCUGGAGUGUGGGCAUGGCGAAGAAGGAGUUCGAUAGGGUUACGAAUGUGGAGAUGGUUACGAGGGCGUUGCGGAGUUUGGGUGUGAGGAGUAGGGUUAAUGAAAGGCAUGAUAUCGUUAUUGAUACGCCGGAGGGGGAGACGCUGAAGGUUACGGGAAGUGCGUACAAGCUCGCACGAGAACGGGCAUACCACCAUGGCACGAUGCUGCUGAACGCUGAUUUAGCCGCCCUGGGCGGUGCCCUGCGAAGCACUCGUGCCCAAGGCAUCGUCGACGCUCGCUCCGUUGAGAGUGUUCGAAGUCGCGUGGGGAAUGUAGGCAUCCCUCACGACGACUUCUGCGCAGCUGUCAAGACAGAAUUCGAGAAACUAUACAACGAAGGCAAAGAACUGGAGUGGAAGGUUUUCGGGGAUCACACGCUUGAGGAAAUUCCGGAGGUGAAGAAACUCGCGGAAGAACUGCAGUCGUGGAAUUGGACUUUUGGUCAGACGCCUCAGUUCACGCACGAACUCAAUGGAUCGUUCCACUGGUCGGACGUCACGGUAAUACUCACGGUGAAACACGGAGUUAUCAUCGAAGCAAAGGUCGAAGGAAACUCUAUAGACGACGGAAUUCAAACACGUCUUAGUUCCGUGGGAACCAGCUUGGUAGGCAAACAAUACGGCCGUGAAAGCGUACGACUAGCCGUCAUGGAAGGCGUGGAAGACUCUGAUGCACGUGGGAACGCCCGCUUGAAGGAAGAGGAAUUAUCUGAAUGGUUAUCUUCUCAGCUCGACUGAG